GCCCACCAGCAAAGAAUGGGAACUCCUGUGCCACAUCCUUGCCAGCGUUUAAGUUGCAGGACCUAUCUACAAUGUGAAGUAAGGACUUCACUGCACUUUAAAAAUGUAGGCUCCCCUAACUUCGUGAGGUGGGGUGGGGAGGAAGACACACUAGAAAUCGAGUGGGAAACAAGUCCCUUCACUGACGUUGUCACCACCAACCUAAAGCUUGGCAACCUGACAGACCGAAAUGUGUGUUUCAAAGUGAAGACCACAGCACCACGUAGGUACUGUGUGAGGCCCAACAGUGGCAUCAUUGACGCAGGGGCUGUGAUUAAUGUAUCUGUGAUGUUACAGCCUUUCGAUUAUGAUCCCAAUGAGAAAAGUAAACACAAGUUUAUGGUUCAGUCUAUGUUUGCGCCAACUGACACUUCUGAUAUGGAAGCAGUAUGGAAGGAGGCAAAACCAGAAGACCUUAUGGAUUCAAAACUUAGAUGUGUGUUUGAAUUGCCAGCAGAAAAUGAUAAACCACAUGAUGUAGAAAUAAAUAAAAUUAUAUCCACAACUGCAUCAAAGACAGAAACACCGACGGUGUCUAAAUCUGCAAGCUCUCUGGACGACACUGAAGUGAAGAGGGUGAAGGAUGAGUGUAAGAGGCUGCAAGGCGAGCUUCAGAGGCUGCGGGAAGAGAGCAGACAGCUCAAGGAGGAAGACGGCCUUCGGAUGAGGAAGACGGUGCAGAGCAGCAGCCCGGCUCCUGCAGCAGCCACAGCUGGGAGGGAGGAGGGCCUCAGCACCCGGCUGCUUGCGCUGGUCGUCCUGUUCUUCAUCGUCGGGGUCAUCAUAGGGAAGAUCGCCUUGUAGAGGCCGCGAGCGGAGGGGGGUGGGUGGAGGGUCUGCCAGAUCAUGGCAUCCAGAUUUAUCAUAACCAUGUAUAAGAAGAAAUUACUGUAUGAUGACAUCUCACAGGGCUUGCCUUUAAAUUACCCCUCCCUGCGCGUGCGCGUGCACACACAAAUGUAACAUAAUGUAACGAUCUUUUAGAAAGAUAAAAAUGUAUAGUGAGUGAUUGGGAAAAAGAAUGAUCUGUGUUAAUGACAAGGGAAACUGAUCAGAUGGUAAUGGCAUGUUGUAAAUGUCAUUUUAAACAUCUCUAGCCUUGGUCCAUGCUGCUGGCUCCCUCUCUGAAAUCAGGACACUCUUCCUCACUGGGCGCUGGCCCUCGGAGCGGAGCCCAGUGUGGUGGGGAGUGCCGUCCCUCCAGCAGGCGUGCCCGCCGGGCUGCUUGCCCUGUGCUGCUCCGGCCGUCAGUUCCCUGGGACUGAGGGCAGAUCAGCCGCUGAGAAGAAUGAGCUGUGGCGGCAUGGACAAGCGCGCUGGGCAUGGGUGGGUCUGGGCACCGAGGGGCCCAGCGCUCGGGAAGGAAAAGUCAGUGCUUUGUUCUCUUAAAGGGACCAAGCUAAAUUAUUGUUGGUUCAUGUCAUGAGAUUGAACUGUUAUUCGGAGAUGUUUAAUGCAUAUUUAACUUAUUUAAUGUAUUUCAUCUCAUGUU